GAAAGUGACAGCAAAGAGCAAUCAAAAUAAAUCCCAUUUCUCUUACUCUACAUGGUAACAAAAUCACACUCUUAUUGAGUUAUACAAAUAUUACCAUUGACAAUUCUUUGUUUUCAAUAUGUAUAUAUAUUGCAGUUCUUUAUUGACCUUUCUUUGGUCACCUCCUUUCCAGAACUGUCCUUUCCCUUCUCUUAUUCCUUCCCUCUUAAUCGUCAGUGCCACAAUGCUAUACCAAUAACCACAAUAUACACACUCACACAUCAAAAUGCUCACAACAAUUAAAACCCAAGAAAUGAAUUGUCUAAAAACAGUUAUUUGUUUCUUGAUUCUUGGAGUUAUGCCUAUUGGUACUAUUGCAAUACGUCCAGUUCUUGAUAAUUAUAAUCCUUUAUUAGGUUUUACAGAAGCACCUGAUUACAGAAAUGGCUUAGGUUGUCCGUUACAAACUGAAACCACCUCGUCUUUUUGCAACCCUUCAUUGGUCCACGUGGCAAUGACAUUAGAUUCGGAGUAUCUCAGAGGAUCAAUGGCAGCUGUACACUCGGUCCUUCGACACGCGUCAUGUCCAGAACACGUGUACUUCCAUUUCAUCGCCGCAGAAUUCGACCCGGAAUCUAACCCACGGGUCUUGACCCGACUUGUUAGAUCCAUUUUCCCUUCAUUAAACUUCAAAGUCUAUGUUUUCAGAGAAGACAAUGUGAUUAAUCUCAUAUCGUCCUCGAUAAGACUUGCACUUGAAAACCCGUUAAAUUAUGCAAGGAAUUACUUGGGUGAUAUACUUGACCCGUGUGUGAAACGGGUCAUUUAUUUGGAUUCUGAUGUUAUUCUUGUUGAUGAUGUUCAUAAGUUGUGGAAUGUGAACAUUAGUGGGUCACGGGUAAUUGGAGCACCCGAGUACUGCCAUGCAAAUUUUACUAAAUAUUUUACGGAUUCGUUUUGGUCCGACCCGGCUUUGUCACGGCUUUUCGGGUCGAGAAACCCGUGUUACUUCAACACAGGUGUAAUAGUGAUGGAUUUGGAGAAAUGGAGAGAAGGAAACUACAGAUUGAAGAUAGAAAGUUGGAUGAAAUUACAGAGAAAGAGAAGGAUCUAUGAGCUAGGUUCAUUGCCACCAUUUUUGUUGGUUUUUGGUGGAAAUGUUGAACCCAUUGACCAUAAAUGGAACCAACAUGGGCUUGGUGGGGAUAAUGUUAAAGGGUCAUGUAGGUCACUGCACCCUGGUCCAGUGAGCUUGUUGCAUUGGAGUGGAAAAGGCAAGCCAUGGGUUAGGCUCGAUGAGAAAAAACCAUGUCCAUUGGAUUAUCUUUGGGAACCUUAUGAUUUAUACAAGCCAUUCAGGAUUACCAGUAAAGUUGUCUCUGCGUGACCUAUAGGUUACACUUUCGAGUCAUGGAACCAGCCUUUAAUGCUUGGAUUAGAGAGACUGACUGUCUAUAGGGGGUGUGACCCUUUCUCAAGCA